AUGCAAGAUGGUGCCAAUGACCAGUCUAGUGGGCUGGAAAUACUUGAGGUUACACAAGGUGUUGAGACAAGAACACAGUCUCGGACCAAAAAGCAUACGCAGAAGCAGGACUUGGUGGGGCCAAUCCAACCAAUUACUACUAGUGGGUGCCAAUAUAUACCUACAGUGGUUGAUUAUGCAACCAGUUAUCCUGAAGCUACACCUCUAAAAAUGUUCUCUACUGAAGUAGUAGCAGAAGCACUGGUUACUAUUUAUAGUCGUGUUGGUAAACCUGAAAAGGCUCUCACUGACACAGGUCGUAAGUUUGUUGGUGAUGUUAUGCAAGAGAUUAGUAGACUCCUGUCAAUUAAACGGCUCAUCACGACUCCAUAUCACCCACAAACAAAUGGCCUAUGUGAACGUUUUAACGGCGUUCUUAAGUCCAUGCUCAAACGCAUGUGUAGAGAGCGACCGAAGGACUGGGUCCGUUACAUAGCACCAUUAUUGUUUGCAUACAGCGAAGCUCCGCAAGCCAGUUUGGGGUUCUCCCCAUUUGAACUGUUGUAUAGGAGAACAGUAAGGGGUCCAAUGACCAUCAUGCGGGAGCUGUGGACAAAAAAGAUCACAAACACAGAAGUUAAGAGUACAUAUGAAUACGUCAUUGACCUACGAAAUCGAUUGGAGGAAACUUGUAAAAUGGCGCAGACAGAACUGAGCAAGUCCAGUGAUCGGCGAGAUGGUACUGUAGUUGCUUCCUACACCCAUGAUAUGCUGCGGAUGGAAUGGCAAGGACCCUAUCGUGUUAGAGAACGAAUCGAGCGGAAUGAUUAUCGUAUAGAAAAGGAUGGUAUUGGUAAACUGUACCAUGUCAAUCUGUUGAAGAGUACGAGCGAUUCCCAGAUUAAAGAGGUACAAGGGAUAUUGAGAGAAUAUACUGCUACACUUGCAGACAUACCAGGAAAGUCGAACAUCGGGUGCCAUGACAUACAACUGACCUCAAAUGACCCUAUACGUUCUAAACCAUACAGUACCCCUUUUGCAACACGUAACGCUGUGAUUAAAGAAGUACGUGAUAUGAUAGAACUAGGAAUCAUUAAACGGUCUUAUUCACCUUAUUGCUCACCCAUUGUGCUUAUUAAGAAGCCUGAUGGAAGUCUUCGGUUUUGUACUGACUUCCGAAAGCUCAAUAAGAUCACAAUAUUCGAUGCUGAGACAAUGUCUAACCCAGAGGAAUUAUUUGCACAAUUGGCUGAUGGUAAUUACCUGACCAAACUUGAUCUUACUAAAGAGUUCUGGCAAAUACCUUUAGCUCCUGAGGCGAAAGUCAAAACUGCAUUUUUUACCCCACUUGGUUUUUUUCAAUAUCGUUACCUGCCAUUUGGACUUGUAAAUAGUCCCAGUACGUUCAAUCGCACUAUGCGAACGGUUCUGAUGGGUACUGAAGGAGAGGUUGUUAGUUUAGUGGAUGACAUUUUGAUAUAUAGCAAGACUUGGCAAUCCCAUCUGAAGCGAUUCAAAGAUGUAUUGAAUCGCCUCCAGAAGGCAGGCUUAACGGCUAAACCAUCAAAAUGCUAUAUUGGUUUCACUCAGCUUGAAUUUCUUGGCCAUGUAGUAAGGGAGGCCAAUUGA